CAACUUACUUUGUUAUUUUCAACUAACUUGUUAUUUUCAAGACUCUUCUUAUUAUCUAAGUUAUGGAGACAGAUAUAAAGGAGUUUAUACCAAGACCUUAUCAGAUUGAUCUAUUUGAAACUGCAUGUAAAGAAAAUGUUAUUAUUUAUUUACCAACGGGAGCCGGAAAAACAUUUAUUGCUGUUAUGCUUAUUAAAGAAUUAAGUGCGGAUAUACGACGGCCUUAUGCUGAAGGCGGUAAACAUACCAUAUUUAUAGUGAAUACAGUACCCUUGGUCAUACAACAAAGUGAUUAUAUUAAAAGAUUAACUGGUUUGUCUUGUGGAACACUCAGUAGCGAGGAAGGAGUUGAUUUUUGGCAUGAUGAAGAAUGGAAUGAACAUCUAAACCAACACGAGGUUUUAGUAAUGACAUCGCAAAUCUUAGUAAAUGCACUUUGUCAUGGAUAUAUAUUUUUGAAUAGAAUAAACCUGAUUAUUUUCGAUGAAUGUCACAGAGCAGUAAAUGAUCAUCCUAUGCGACAAAUUAUGCAACUCUUUGAAAAUUGUCCUAAAGAGGAACAACCAAGAGUAUUAGGACUUUCAGCAUCAUUAUUAAAUUCUAAUGUGAGGCUGAAAAAAGUACAAUCAGUUAUGCAGUCUUUGGAAGUUACAUUUAACGCAAGAAUAGCUACUGCGACUGUAGCUGAUAAAAGUUAUUAUGCAUCACCAAUUGAAGAAAUUAUUCAAUUUGACCAACAUAUUAUAGACGAUGUUGGGGAGUGCAUAAAUAAUAUUAUUAAGGAAGUAGAAUUAAUGCUAAAUUGCAUAGCGUUAAAAGAUAAUCUGAAGUAUACUGAGUCAAGUGCAGAAUUUAGACCAAAAACUACUAGUAAAAAGCUGAGUGGCAUAUUAAGAAACAUUCAGUACCACUUUCUACGUACAGGAAUUUAUGGCGCAAGCAAAUGUGUUUUACUUCAUUUGAUUCAAUUAGAAUACUUGAAAAAAAGUAUAGAUGAUGUGGAAACACUAUAUAUUUUGGAAUAUCUUAUAACAAACGUAAUUAACUGUAGAAAAUUAUUAGAAGAUAAAAUGAAAGGGAGUCCAGAAAAAGAGAGAAUUUACAAUUAUUCAUCUGAUCAAAUUCGAAAACUUCUCAAAGUAUUGAAAGACUUUUAUAAUAACAAGCAUCAUGAUCAGGUAUUUUGCUGUAUUAUUUUCGUACAACGUCGAUUCACUGCAAAAAUAUUAUAUCAGAUAUUAAAGAGUAUAUCCUUGCAUGACGAGGAAUAUAAAUUCUUGUAUCCAGAGUUUGUGGUAGGUGUGUCCAGUAAUCCUUUUAAAAAUCCCAAAGAAUUGCUAUGCGUAUCAGAACGGAAUAAGGAGGUUUUGCUCAGAUUUAGAAAUGGUUUGAUAAAUUGCAUUGUUGCAACAGAUGUUAUAGAUGAAGGUAUAGAUGUGCCGAAAUGUUCAUUAAUCAUUAGGUACGAUUUGCCAAUGGAUGUAAGAACAUAUAUUCAAAGCAAAGGGAGAGCACGGCAUGCAUAUAGUCAAUAUGUAGUAUUGCUACAAAAAGAUGACUCACAGUAUCUACAACGACAUAUUGAAUAUAAAAAGAUAGAACAACACUUGAAACAGCUUCUAGUAGACAAAACUGAUGAACGUAACGUACCAACUGAAAAUGAAAUACAAAGUGAACUAUAUCAACAUGACAUAGAACCAUAUCAAGUAACUAGUGAUGAUGGACAAGUAUGUUGUAUAACAGAACAGAUGGCAAUUAGUGUAAUAAAUCAAUACUGUACAUCUUUAUUGAAAUCAAAAUUUGCGUGUUUAUCACCUAUUUGGACUUUACGUAAAAUUUCAAAAAAUUAUCCGCCACUGUAUCAGGUUUCUCUUACAUUACCAUCUAUAUCUCCAUUCAGAAGUACUAUUCUUGGUGAUCCUAUGAUUUCUAUUAGCAGUGCAAAGAGAUCUGUUGCUAUGAAUAUGUGUAUAGAAUUACAUAAAAUCGGAGAAUUAUCUGACAAUUUAAAGCCAGUUACAAUAGAAACACUUCGGAAGGACCUAAGUUAUUUAUUUCCAAAUUGGGUUGACGAAGUUGAAUCAGAAAAAAGUUCAGUAGGAACAUACAAGAAAAAGCGACAUCAUCAGUUACAGUUCCCAUCAGCUCUCUAUGGUGCAUUUCCUCUUCCUCAAGAGAUAGUGUAUCUUCACAUACUUCAUGCUACACCUAAGUAUCCUGCACCACAUCAUGAUAAUCGCUAUUUGACAUUCUAUAAUUUGUUACAUAAUAGUGCAGGUUUUGGUAUACUUUCUACAAAGCAAAUGCCAGAGAUACCUUCUUUUCCAAUUUUUAUGCGUGUUGGUGAAUUAAAUAUUGAUGUGAAAGUAAAUCACGCAAAAAUGAUUUUAACUGAAGAAGAAGUUAUAUAUUUAAAAAGGUUUCAUACUUUAAUAUUUAGUGAUAUCGUACCAGUUAUAAAAACCUUUAUGGUAUUCGAUAAUUGUAAUCGUGAUAAUUGCUUUUUAAUUGUGCCAGUUAACGAAGACUGGGACAUAAAUUGGGAAGUUACGAAACAGUAUAGUUCUAUUGAAUAUAUAUCACCACCAAUUCCAUUCCGUUUUAAGAGUUCUGAUUACGAACUAGCACUGGUUAAACCUAACUAUAGAGCUGCAGACACAUAUAUUGUUACCCAAGUAUGUGAUGAUAUCAUGCCCAGUUCAUGUUUUCCAACUGAUCACUUUUCGACGUAUAUUCAUUAUUAUAAAGAAAAACACAGAUUGGUAAUAAACAAUUUAAAGCAGCCAAUGUUAGAAGUAAAAUCAAUAUCAAGGGCAAUAGAUUAUAUAAUGCCUAGAGAUAAGAGUGCUGAAUCAAAGAAAGAGCAUUUAGUUCCAGAAUUAUGCAUUAGAAUUAAUUUUCCAGCCUUAUAUUGGCUCAAAGCAACAACUUUACCAUCUAUAUUGCACAGAGUCUCACAGCUCUUAAUUGCAGAAGAUCUAAGAUACAUUAUUGCUAAAGAAAGUGAUUUAGGAACAUUAUCAAAUAAUAUGAAAUGGCCUUCAUUAGUAAUAACUAACCAAGAAAGAGAAGACUCAUUUGAGCCUUUAUCAGAAAUUUCUACUACAGAAAAUAUUGAUAAUUUACAUCCAGAACCAAUUUCAAAUGAAACAGAAGCAAAUGAAUUAUAUCACUAUCCAUGGUCAAAACAUGAAGAACAACCAGAUUUGGACAAGAAUAUCGAAGAAAUUCAGCUAAUUGAAAUAGAACACUAUUGUCAGUUUAUGAACGAAACACAGGAUCAAAAUAAUAGUUCAAUUAAAAAUGACAAAAUUAAUUUUUUGAACAAACCAUCAGUACCAGUACCGGUUUUGCAAAUCUUGUCAUUAAAAUGUCCGUAUGGCCCCGGUCCUGGUCAGAUCGUGUAUGCAUUAACUAAAACAGGACAUGAUGCGUUCAAUUUAGAACGAUUAGAGACAUUAGGAGAUGCAUAUUUGAAAUUUAUUACAUCAUUAUUUUUAUACAAUGAGUUUCCGAAGCAUAGUGAAGGUUAUUUAACCGCACUGAAAGGAAAAAUUAUUGGCAACCGUAAUCUGUAUUAUUGUGGAGUUAAGAAAAACAUUCCGGGAUGUAUGAAAGUUGACAGUUUUAUACCUUUGAGUAAUUUUAUUGCACCAGCUUAUACAGUGUAUAGGCAAGUUCAAGAUGUGUUAUUACAUGCAAAGGUGUCACCAAAUGUUUUAUAUGAAAUUGAAAUACCUCGAGAUGAGCAAUUAAGUGGACAUAUAAGUGAAGCCACGAAAAAUGCAAUACAAACAAAAAUAUUAGAUUGGGAGACAGCAGAAGCACAAACUGGUAUGGAACAUUAUCUUGGAAUACAAACAGUUUCUGAUAAAACAGUAGCAGAUUGUGUAGAAGCAUUGAUUGGUGUAUAUCUUAGAAGUAUGGGUAUUAAAGAUACUUUAAUAUUAUUACAAUGGUUUCAAAUUUUACCAUAUAAAAUUGAUGCUAAUGAAUUAUUGUUUGGUACCCCUCAGAAUCCUAUAAUUUCUGAAGGGAACAUAAAUCAUUUAAUGCCUUGGGCUUCCAAUAUAGAAACAAAGCUUGGAUACAGAUUUAAUAAUAGAGGGUAUUUACUGCAGGCCUUUACACAUCCUUCAUAUACACCGAAUAAUAUGACUGAAUGUUAUCAGAGAUUAGAAUUUCUUGGUGACGCAAUACUUGAUUUCCUAAUUACAAACUAUAUCUAUGAAAGUUGUGGGAAUUUAAACCCUGGUGCAUUAACAGAUCUAAGAUCUGCUCUUGUUAAUAAUAUUACUUUUGCAUGCUUGACUGUAAGACAUGGUUUACAUAUCGCUUUACUAUCUUAUGCUCCAAAAUUAAAUAAUAUUAUUGAACGAUUUGUGAAAUUUCAAGAAGAAAGAAAUUAUGCUGUGAAUGACGAGCUUCUAUGGAUUUUAUUAGAAGAAGACGAAUGUAAUAUGGCUGAACAUGUAGACGUUCCUAAAGUUCUAGGAGAUAUAUUUGAAUCUGUAAUAGGUGCAAUAUAUAUGGAUAGUAAUAAAAAUCUUACAGUAGUAUGGAACAUUGUAUAUUCCAUUAUGCAUAAAGAAAUCGACGAAUUCAGCAAAAAUAUUCCAAAACAACCAAUUCGUGUUUUAUAUGAAACUCACGGCGCACGCCCACAAUUCCUGAAAGCAACUAUUAUUGAUAAUACGAAUAUUGUCAUGGUUCCUUUAAAAGUAACCAUUGCUGGGAAAAUAAGACAUUUUUAUGGGUUCGGUGCUAAUAAGAAACAAGCGAAGUGUGCUGCUGCAAAGCAAGCUAUAAAAAGCUUCUUGUGUAAGAAAUAGAUCAAUAUCAUAAGACAUUUUUUCAUGUUCACUGACGGUUUUACCUACUUAUGUUUCUUCCCUUCUUCCAUUUUCUUCUAUCUGCAAUAAAUAAUAUAAUAGUAUUACAAUAAAUAGGAUAAUAAAAAAGAUCAUCAA